GCAAAACAAGCACGCCUGUAUAUUUUCCUCAUACCGCAAAACAUCACCUAGAUUUAUCAUUACGGGGAUGAGGGACUAACGUUAGCUGGUCAAUGAGCAUGAAUAUGAGUUCUGGAUGUGAUCGCACAUCAUGAUGCAGUCAUGAAAUCAUACAUCAAAGUGGCAUUAUGCUGAACAGUAUCUGGGAUCCACAGGGUGAGGACAUUAUGGAGGGAAACACAGAAGCUGAAUGGUUACUGUCAGGCUAUGGUAUGUAAACGUGAACACCAUCUGUCCCAGCAGUUGCUGUUGGCACAAUGGGGCUCGAUUUUGAUGUAAAAACAUUCUGUCACAACCUGCGGGCCACCAAGCCCCCGUAUGAGUGCCCGGUGGAGACCUGCCGGAAGGUCUACAAGAGCUACAGCGGCAUAGAGUAUCACCUCUACCACUAUGACCAUGAUAAUCCCACACCUGCACAGACAAUACCCCAGAAGAAGAGGAAAGGACGGCCUCCUCGUGCUUCCCUGGCUUGUUCUGGGGAUACGGAUGACGGUGGAGGUAAUGGAGGAGGAGGACUAGGCCAUGAAGGAAACACACCUGGCAGCCCCAACCGGUCAGAACACUCCAACUCUCCCGGGAGAGACACGAUGACCUACGCUCAGGCACAGAGCAUGGUCGAGCUGGAGUUCCAGGGGCGGAUUCACCGCAUCAGCAUCUUUGACAACAUUGAUGUGGUGUCAGAAGAGGACAGUGACACAGAUGGUCCUCCGCCGUCUGGGACAGGCAGCAGUGGAGGUGGGGUGUGUAACGGCAGCGAUGGUGGAGCUGGAGGUGGGGACAUGGGAGGAAACGUAAAGGACCGGUCAGAUAUCCCGUCCUCCAAUGGAGGAAAAGCCACGCCGAAGACCGGGAAGCAUAAGAGUAAAGAAAAGAAGAAGGAUGGAUUAUCUCAUCAUCAUAACAGUCAGUCUGGUCCUGGAGUCAAACUCCCAGAGGCAGUAUUUAGAGAACUGGACCAAGAGAGACCGGAUGCCCCUCCUCGGCCUUCAUCUUACUACAGGUAUAUUGAUAAGUCAGUGGAGGAGCUGGACGAGGAGGUGGAGUACGACAUCGACGAAGAGGACUACAUCUGGCUCGGCAUCAUGAACGACAAGCGGCGGCGGGACGGUGUGCCCCCCAUUCCUCAGGAGGUCUUUGAGUACCUCAUGGACCGCCUAGAGAAGGAGUCCUACUUCGAGAGCCACAACAAGGCAGACCCCAGUACCCUGAUCGAUGAGGAUGCUGUCUGCUGCAUCUGUAACGACGGAGAGUGUCAGAACAGCAACGUGAUACUGUUUUGUGACAUGUGCAAUCUGGCUGUACAUCAAGAGUGCUAUGGCGUGCCCUAUAUCCCAGAGGGCCAGUGGUUAUGUCGCCGCUGCCUGCAGUCCCCCAGUAGAGCGGUGGACUGUGCUCUGUGUCCAAACAAGGGAGGAGCUUUCAAACAGACAGACGAUGCACGCUGGGCUCACGUCGUGUGCGCCCUCUGGAUCCCCGAGGUCUGCUUCGCAAACACGGUCUUUCUGGAGCCGAUUGACAGUAUUGAGCACAUUCCCCCCGCCCGCUGGAAGCUCACCUGCUACAUCUGCAAACAGCGAGGCUCUGGCGCCUGCAUCCAGUGUCACAAAGCCAACUGUUACACAGCUUUCCACGUCACCUGCGCGCAGCAAGCCGGCCUCUACAUGAAAAUGGAGCCGGUCAGAGAGACCGGGGCCAACGGCACGUCCUUCAGCGUGAGAAAGACGGCAUACUGCGACAUCCACACGCCCCCAGGAUCCGCCCGACCUUUAGGGGGAGUGGGCGGGGUCAGCAUGGGAUCAUCCAACAGCGAAGGAGAACUGGAGGACGACGAUGAGCCCAGCCUCGGCCAUGACGAAGACUCCAAGGGCUGGAGCUCCGACCGAGCAAAGAGGGCAAAGGCCAAAUCCAGGAUGAAGAUGAAAAGGGCGAGAAAGAUCUUAGCUGAAAGGAGAGCCGCCGCACCAGUGGUGUCUGUGCCCUGCAUACCCCCCCACAGGCUGAGCAAAAUCACCAGUAACCUAACGGUGCCCAGAAAAAGUCAGUUCAUGCAGCGUCUCCACAGCUACUGGACUCUGAAAAGGCAGAGUCGUAACGGCGUGCCCCUCCUGCGGCGGCUGCAGACCCACCUGCCCUCACAGCGCCACGUCGACCCGCACCCCCCGCAGCCCGCCGCACAACUUCCUCUGAGGGACAGCGAGGAGAAACAGACGGCCUUAAAGGAGCAGCUCAAAGCCUGGCAGAGGCUGAGACAUGACCUGGAAAGAGCGAGGCUGCUGGUGGAGCUCAUCCGCAAGAGGGAAAAACUCAAGAGGGAGACGAUCAAAGUGCAGCAGAUGGCGCUGGAGAUGCAGCUGACGCCCUUUCUGGUUCUUCUGAGGAGCACGUUGGAGCAGUUACAGGAAAGGGACACAAACAACUUUUUCACUGAGCCUGUGCCACUUGAAGAGGUCCCAGACUACCUGGAGCACAUCGACACCCCUAUGGACUUUCAGACCAUGUGGAACUUGCUGGAGUCCCAUCACUACCUCACUUUUGAGGCCUUUGAGGCUGACUUCGGCCUCAUUGUCAACAACUGCCUCAAGUACAACGCCAAGGACACCGUCUUCUACCGCGCUGCGCUGCGGCUCAGAGAGAUGGGCAGCGCCGUCAUCAGAACCGCCAGGCGCCAUGCCGAACGCAUUGGAUUCGACUAUGAAACCGGCUUGCACCUCCAUCGGGAGCCGAGCCCCGACAGCCAGCGCGACCAAGAGAGAGACAGAGAGCGGGAGAGGGAGCGCGACAGAGAGAGAGAGAGGGAGAGAGAAAGAGAGCGGCCGCUGUCCUCUAAUGAAGAUGAGCUGCUCCUGCCGGAGAACAGGCGUCAGCUGCCUCUGGAAGAACAGCUGCAUUACCUGCAGGUGCGCCUCAACGAGGUCAGCUCGGGGAAGCACAGCAUCGGUCAGUCCCGCAGAGCCAAAGCUCUGAGAAAGGAGAUCAGCGUCAUCAAGAGGAAGCUUGCGCACCAGCGGGAGGGAGGCUUGGGCAUCGGGGGCCGGGAGUCCAUGGGAGACCGAGGCUCCUCACUUCCUCAUCACUCAUCGUCUGCAGGACACCACGAUGAGGGGGGCGAGAGCAGCAGCCAGGAGAUCGGUGGAAAGGCUCCAGAGGUUGGCCGUCGGACAUCUGUCCUAUUCUCCAAGAAGAACCCCAAAAUGGCCGGACCGCCCAAACGGCCCGGGCGUCCUCCGAAGAACCGGGACGCGGGCUACGGCGGAGCGGGCGUGAGCCAGAGCCCGAUCGGCCCCCCGCAGCUGGCCCUGCUGUCACCGAGCCGGCAGAGGAAGAGGCCCCGCAGCCCCCACACCAGCUCCAGCUCUGACAGCGACAGCGACAACGACGACCUGCUGCCAGGCUUACCCAGUAAUGGUUUUGAUACAGGAAACCAGCCGGUAACCGAGAGCUUCCGCGUGUACAGGAAUGAGCCUCGCCUCCCUCGCUCCAGCUCAGACUCUGAGUCCACAACCAGCAGCAGCAGCAGCGCAGCGUCUGAUAGAACCAGCACAACUCCUUCCAAGCAGGGUAGAGGGAAGGCCUCCUUCUCCCGCUCCGCCUUUCACGAGGACAGCAGUGAGGAAACAUCAGGCACCGAGAAUGAUUCCUACUCUGUGGGAGGAUCACGCAGUGUUUCGCAUUUGGUGCGUGGUCGAGAAAGGUCAGGAUGUUGGAUGGCGUCUGAUGACUACUCCUCUCUAGAAGCUCUGGACCUGGUGUGGGCCAAGUGCCGAGGUUACCCCUCGUAUCCAGCUCUGAUAAUCGACCCAAAGAUGCCGAGGGAGGGGGUGUUUCACCGGGGCGUCCCAAUCCCCGUACCUCCUUUGGAUGUGCUCAAACUUGGAGAGCAGAUGACCCAAGAGGCCAGAGAGCACCUGUUCCUCGUGCUGUUCUUUGACAACAAGAGAACUUGGCAGUGGCUGCCGCGCUCUAAGCUGGUGCCGCUCGGCGUGGACCAGGAGCUGGACAAGGAGAAGAUGCUGGAGGGGAGGAAGUCCAACAUUCGUAAAUCUGUACAGGUGGCCUACCACCGCGCCAUGCAGCACCGCAGCAAAGUGCAGGGAGACCCCAGCAGCGAAACCAGCGACAGUGACUGAGCACAUGCAAACAUGCACACAGAAACAAUAUCCUGGUCCUUGGUAACGUGUCCAGGGUACCUAAGAAAAAAACAUGCCAGUGAGAAAAAGCAGCUACUACUUUGGCCCCAAGAUUCCCACGCUCAUGCACACUAAGCCGUAUUUAACCUGACGUGUAAAAUAUUGUAUUUAAGAAAAUUGAAAAAAAGCUGAUAUUGAUAAUAAUGAUGGAAAAAUAUGUUCAUAUGUUCAGAAUCAUGAAUCAAAACGUUCCUCGUACGGUGUCGAUAUAUGUUUAAUGAGAUGAGAUAAUGAUAUGCUGACUCAGACAAUGAGCAUAGUUUUACACUAUGAUGCAUACACAAGUCUGCCUCCCCCUGCCCUCCCUCCACUCUCACCCGUUACCUUGAGCAUGUGUUGCAUGGUAAAUGCACACACUGCUGGCUUGGCUGUGAACGCCAUCUCACCAGCACAUCUUUUACAUCCCCCUCUCCAAAAGAAUAAAAUAAGGCCUGGUGCUAGUGUCUAGUCUUUUGUCAGAGGAGCACAAAGAAAGACUGUUGCAGCCUGAAUGUGGGCAAACCAACGUUACUGUAAUUUAUUCCAAUGGCUUCUUGAUAACAAGAUCCACACCGGUGUUUCAUCAUGGACUACUUCUAAUCACUCCGACUGCACAAGACGUUGUUGCGCGGUAAUUUCUGUCUGUCAGUCCUGUUUUUUAAGCUUUUGUUAACAUACGCCUGUCACAUUGGCCACUAGUCAGUCAAUAAUGAGGAAUAACCUGAAACACGAUUGCCUCACUGUCUGUGUUAGUCUCAGGCUAAUGGCUUUAGAUCUUUUAUAUAAACAGAUUGCAUAAAAAAAACAAGUUCAAUGAAAAUUAAAAAGGAUUUUUUUUAAAUCUCGUGUCGUGGGCUCUGUUGUCUCUGUUGCUUAGAGUUAG